AUGUCCGUAUCAUCCAACACAAGCACCGGCGCUCCCGUCAAAACAUCCACCCUCUUCGCCGCCCUCCACCGCCCCACCAAAGCCCUCACCGCCAUCAACCUCGAGCUCCGCAUUUUCUGCGCCGACAACGAGCUCGCCCAGCUGAACGCCGCGUGUGCGGAGAAAAACGCAGAAGCCGCUAAGAUGCAGGCGGAGGUCGCGAAGAUGACCAAGAAGCACGGGGAGGCCGCCAAAGCGCUCAAAGAAGCGCACGCAGAGGUCCAGGCGAAGCACGCGGAGGCGGAAGAAGCCCGCGCGGAGGUCGAGCGCAUUGGGGACAAGUUGGAGAAGUCGGAGAAGAAGCUGGAGGGAGCGUGCGCGGAGGCUGCGCGACUCGGUCAGAUGUGUGAGGAAAAGGAGCGGAUGUGCGAGGCGAAGCACGACGUUAUCGUCGCUUUAAGCAAGAGGUUCAACGCGGAGCUGGAGAGCGUGCAGGAGGCUGUGGGGCGCCUUGGCAUGGCUUGUUGUGAGAAGGAUGAGGAGAUCGAGGCCCUCAAGAAGCAGCACGAGGGGGACGCAGAGGCUCUGGAGAAGAAGGACCAAGAGAGGGAGGACCUGCUGUACAAUAUGUACAGAAAGUGGGAUCUACAGGCGGAAGCGUUGGCGCGGGCGCAGGAGGAGGUAGAGCGGUUGGUGAAGCAGCGUACCGCUGGAUACAGGGCGAUGCGGGAGUAGUUGUGGCUUUUGGGAGUACUUGUGAGUUUUGGCGGAACAAUGGGUUGUCUUGGAGUUUAUGCAGGAUCGGUGGGGUCAUCGCGGUAAUUGUAAUGGAAUGGGUGAAUUGGCUGGGUCUUCGAAUUGAAUUGCAAGCC